AUUGUGGUAUGAAUCCUAUCCCCCCUCCUUUCAUAUAUAAAUCGAAAUUUCCUCUCCCCAUUUCUCUUAUAUUCGAUCCUCGGGUUUCCUAGGGUUUAGGGGGUGACACAUUAGAGGGUACCACACAAUUGGACCUAGGUUUUCUAAUAAGAUCUUCAAGGGUUUGAUUUCUUAAUUCGAUUUAAGCAAAGAGGUAUUUCAUUCAUCUAUGAUUAUCGAUUAAUCAUAGGGUUCUAGUUUUGUUUCAUAAAGUAUGUUGCUAUUAAUAGUGAAAAGCCAUAGAUCCUUUUAGGUUGCAUGUUCCCAUAAGUGUUUAUGUGAAAUUCCGCAAGUACAUUGUUAUUGUAACCUAAAAAACCCAAUAACAUUUACAUACAUUAUAAACAAACCUACAUAACUGUUAUUCACUGCCAUAAAACUACCAUACACACAUACAAAUGAUUUUUUAACAACUAACCCUUCUCCCAAAAACUUGGUUGAAAUUUAAUACCAUCAACCAUAUAUAAAAACCUUCAAAAACCCUUGCCAUGUAUCUUCAACACAAAACCCACCAACAUUCUUAUCAAGAUCAUCAUAAUCAACCUCUGCCAACUUAUUGUCCUCCACAUAACAACCAUAUUGACUAAAUUCAUCUCAAUCACAGCCUGCAACCCGUAUUUUUGUCAUGAACACCCUGUAACUCUGUAAGUUUCUUUCUACACAUUACCAUCUCACUGUUAUCCUCUUUCUUGUGUUAGCUUUUGCUUGGUGUGAUAUAAAAGUUCCUUAUAAUAACUAUCCUCUAGCUCGUUAUCCUUCCAUUCAAAGUAACGACACUUGUUGCUCAUUUUCUAACAUUCAAAUACACAUUACUAAACAUUAGGGUUGAUGAGGUAUAGUUAUGCAAAGGAAAACCAACAACAUUUUCAGUUUAUCGAAUUAGGGUUUUGGAUAACGAAAAUUUAGGGUUUUUAUCAAAGAAAAUCACAUUUCCUACCCUAAAUACAUCAUAUUUUCAACUAAUGUAUGUUAAAUCGGAACCUUACCAAUGAGAUAUGAUAGUUCCAAAAGCGACGUUCUCCCAGCUCUACGAUCCUCGUUCCAUGGCGAUUAAGUUACAAUAGCAUCUCCUAACUUCUCCUUGAUGUGGUACAUUCCUUAAUCGUUGCAAUGGCUGAUGCGAAUAAGAAAAUGAAGACAUUGAUGUAUUGUAGUUAGGGAUUUUUUUUUGUAGCUCAAUAAGGGAAUAAUGAAUGACGAUCCGAUCAAUAUAAGGUAAUAACCUUAUAGAUGGAACCAAUGCGUCGUACACAGGUAGCGAUGAGGUGUCCGCCAUGUCAACCACUAAUAUCCACUUUCAACUCGUCUCAUCCAAAGAAACAAGGAAAGAUCACCAACAAAAAUACAACUUUGGAGUCAUCACCAUGUGUGAUUGCACUUCGUGUUCUCUCUCUCCGUACUAUCGCAUCAGCUUCCCUCCAUCUUCAGUUCAUACAAUCUCCCUUUUGGGUUCAUUUGCUUGUGACAGAAAAAAGCCCACGAAUUUUUCUUUAAAGAUCAGUCAAAGUUCAAAUCCUUCGAGCUCAAGAUCAUCAGAACAUCAACUUAUCGAGGAAUUGAAGUUUAAAGAGAGAAAAUCAACAAAACCUGGGUUCCAGUUGAGUGGAAUUGACGACGAAGACAGCGAUUCUUUUCCAUUUGAUACGAAUUUGAGAGAGAAUGAAGGAGAACAAGAGGAUUUGGUCCAAAUUGGAGAGACAGAAGAUGCUGUCGAUGUGAAAUCGAAAGAAUUAGAGGUUGAUAACAACAAUCAGGUGAAGGUUAUAAGGAAAGGGAAACAGUUGAUGAAAAGGUCAAGUGUAAUUGCAAAACAAGUGAUAAGCAUCCAAUCUGCUCUUAGUUUGGGGUUCAUUUCACAGCUUUGGGUAGAUACUAAUACUUGGAUGGUAGUGAUCGUAGAAGUGAGACCAAAUCUACUCUCUGGAGAACAAGAAAGAUUCUUUUUGGAGGAUACAAGGCAGGUUGGUGAUGUUGUGCUAGUCGAGGAUGAGACUGUGAUGGACAAUGAGUUUCAAAUGGUUGGACUAGAAACACUGGUAGGAUAUAAUGUUGUGACACCAAAUGGACGAGAUAUUGGAAAGGUGCGAGGGUAUACUUUUAACAUAAACUCGGGGGCAAUAGAAUCACUUGAGCUCGAUUCAUUUUGGAAUAUCCAUCAUCCCAUCAAGUUUGGUAAGCACCUACGCGAUGCUGGUCGAAGAUGUACUUGAAGUUGUAUCCGAUACAGUCGUGGUGCAUGAAGCUGCAGCGUCAUGCAUACAACGGCUUACUAAGGGGUUUUGGGGUGGCCAGAGAGUGGGGUACUCAAUGGAAGAUCUUGAUGAUUACUCGGAUUUUGAAGGGCAAUCUGAAUACCGAAAGGACAGGAGAAGAAGGUCUAGUGGUCAAACCCAGAAACCCCGGAAAAGACCCAUUGUUGAUGAUGAAGAACACUGGGAUCUUCCUAUGGAUUAUCUAUGAGUUAUGGGAAAAAGCUUUCUUUUUGUCUUUAUUCAUACUGUUAUCGAUAAAAUAUAAACAAAGGAAAA